AUUAUUGUGUCCGAACUGCGUGUACUUUAUUGUUGUUGGUACUGCCAUCAUUUCAACAUUUUCUCUCCUUGGAAGAAAUACUACGGUGGUCACGUGGACAUUUGUUUCAUUCAUAUUGCAUUUGCAUAAUUUAGCUUGGUUGUUGGCUAUUCUACGCAGGCGUUGGCGUUCACGAUGGUUCUAUACUCAACAAUACUGAAAUGUAACUACUGAGCUCUGGCAUGUAAAUAGAUCAGCUGGGUCACUCAAAACAUGCGCUAACUGUUUGAUUUCGCAUGCGCAACAUGCCGAAAGAAACUGAUGUUGCCUGCCGUUUCGCUUGAGUGGUAUCAAUUCAAUUCUGAUCCAAUUACCAUCGAUCAUGACAGGAUUCGAGGAAAACUUUCAAAUUCUAAUUUCUGAGGAACUCGGUCGAUUCGUGGUAGCCAAACGCGACAUCGCACGUGGGGAGCAGAUCUUACUGGAGCAACCCUACGUUACUGGACCAUAUUAUGAUGCCGACAUUAGUUGUUUAAAUUGUUUUAAGGAAUCGUGUUGUACCUGCAGCAAAUGUGGGAAGGCACCACUUUGUUACGAUUGCCGCGAACAUAAUGACGCUGAGUGUGAUUUUUACCGGGAGUCCAAUUUGGAUAAAAACUUCAUCUAUAAUCAUUUCAACGUGAUCACCCCGAUCCGAUGUCUGUUACUCUAUCGAAUCGAUCAGGAGCGGUACAAAGAGAUGAUGUGCAUGGAAGCCUUUUUGGAUGAACGUCGUGGAACGGAGAUCUGGGAUAUUCAUGACAAAUACGUCGUAAGGCCUCUUUUAGAAAGUGGAGUUUUCGAAAAUUUUGAAGAUCUAGAGGUCACAGGAGAUUUGAUUCAAAAGAUUUGUGGUAUCCUUGAUGUCAACACGUUCGAGCUUCGUGGUAACGCGGAUAGUCCAGGAUUGCAGCUGCUUAGCUUGGCUCGAGGUUUAUUUCCUAAAACUGCACUAAUGACACACAGCUGUGUCCCCAACACAAUGUUGUCAAUUGAUGGAUAUUCAAAUGCACGGGUGUACACAACAAGACCAGUGAAAAUGGGUGAAAUACUUUAUAACAGUUACACUAGAAGCUUACUGGGAACAUAUGAUCGUCAAACUCAACUAAGAGAAGGAAGAUACUUUGCGUGCUCUUGCAAACGGUGCAAUGACCCUACGGAACUGGGAACGCAUCUGAGUUCCAUACGGUGCACGGAAUGUUCAGAUGGACUUUGCUCAUUUUACACGGAUAAUCCAAGAUGGGAAUGUAACAACUGUCAAAAACUACUCACACGGGAGUAUGUGAAUGAAGUUUUGUGUGCCGCUCGAAGUGAAAUAAUGGAGUGUUCUUCUGAAAUCCGAGAUUUGGAGAAAGUUAUCGGUAAAUACUCGCGAAUUUUGAAUCCUUGUCACUCGCUGGUACUGGAUGCAAAGCAAAGUCUGGCCGGUGAAUUGCGUAACACCUACAUCUCGUUCGAUCCAGUCAACGUUCCGAAGCAGGUAUUGAAGCGCAAAUUUGAACUAUGCAAUGAAAUUCUUGGUAUUAUACGGAUACUGGAACCGGGAGUGUCUAGACUAACGGGAAUCGCUAUGUAUGAAUUCCAUAUGGCUUUAGUACAGCUGUCACGAAGAAAUUUCGAUACAACUGAAAUCAAAUCGCAUGAAUUACUGGAUAAUCUAGUCAAAGCAGAGUACGAGCUAAAACAGGCAGUCAGUAUGUUGUUGUUCGAAGAUUCAUCCACUCCAGAAGGUCAACUAGCUAAGCGGGCCAUGCGAGAACUUAAAGCGCUACGCGAUGAAAUUGCUGAGGUUCGGGCAAUGAUCGAGGAUGAAAAUUUGGACAAGCAAGAUCAGUAUCGUAACCGAAGGAAUGGUAAUGCAAGUAGUAAUUAUAAUAAGAAGAAAAAAUUUACCAAACGGCGCUGAACCUUCAUAAUGGUGGACUAUGAUACUAUUUGUAGUAAAACAAGGAUCUAACCGGACUCUAACAUCCAAUUCGGCAAGCACAUAAACAUUAUUUGAUGAUUAGUUUAGUAAAUGCUAAAAAGCGCACCGUUUUAUUACCCGACUAGCAAACAUUGCUCUUGUACUGUACAUCAUAACUCUUCUCGUAACUAUUUUUUACGUUCGUUACGUUUCACAGCAGUGUAAUUCAUUGAAUUAAAAUCGAGUACGAAACAACUCGAAUGAGCACAUUGCAAUAUCAAUCAGAAAUUGGAACAUAUCUCAAUCGUAGUUUUGGAUAAAUUCCUCAUACAGUUAUUUGAACUCCCAUCAACAGUUGUUUUUAUGAUAACCUUGGAACGCGUAUAGUUUUCUAUCUAGCAUGCCAAGCCAACAUAAUUAUUCUUUAACAAUUGUGAAACAUACAAAUUUUGACAAAUUACAAUUUCUACUUGGGUACUUUCAGAGGAAUCGCAACGCCCUUUUCCUAACUGUAGUAUGUAUUGCCAACUUCUAAUACAUAUUUGCACAUCAGUCAAUCUAAGGCCUUACCCUCGGCAUCUUAGAGCUUUAGCAGUGUGCCUUUAAAUAUAUUAUUAUUGAAUAAAAAAAAUCUAAGGCCUAACAAGUUAUUUUCAUACUUUACUAGAAACUGAAUUAAAGAAGUGAAAAAAAAAUCAUCGAAUCAGCUAAGAAGGUAAACGGAAAAGUAUCUCCCAGAGACGCCACUCAAUGCAAUAAACUAUCAUCAAUCUAACUUCUCUAAUGAUUUCUUGAAAAUGUGGUAAAUCAAUCUCUACAUUUUACAUAGCAUUUACAUACUGUACUCCAGUUGUUAUACUAUUUUCUCUUUACCGUCUGCUUGGUAAAGAUAUUUGAGAAUUAUUUCGUCUUUAGGUUGCAUAUGUGGUACCCCGAAUCUGAACUCUAAUUUAAAAUAAUGAAAAUGACAGCAUAUGCAAUAAGUCAAUACAAACUUUUCAUAUGGUUCCAUCUGCAAAUGAGAACCAUCUAUGUUUCAUUUACUUUAAAUUCUUGUGAUAUAUUAUUUGAGUUUACAUUUAAUGUCAUAGUAUGUAACUACCUUGAUUGAAACAUUAGGAUGGCAACCCAAUAAUCGAAAGAGGAAGCUGUCAUUUGCAGAUUGAUUUGUUUGUUAUAGUGUUACAUUCAGCUCACACCAAUAACUUAGUUUUCAGAAUUUGAAAUUACAUUAGUUAUUUUCUUUGUAGACGAACAUUGUACAUUUCCCAAUCAAUAUUUCUUAGUGAAGUCGAAAGGUACAGUAUCACUAAAAACGAGCUAGUAAAUAAUCCAGAUGUGAAUAGCACUGUUAAGCAGAGUCUAUGGUAUAUAAGAGUCAUGCAAAGAGAAAAUAUCUCAAACUGGUGCCUCGGUCACUGAGCUCUGUGUUUGUAUUUGCUCUGGUAACGAUAAUAUUUUUGUGAACUUCAAACGACUUUUUAUUAGUAAAUUUUCUGGGUUUUGAUGUUGUACACGCAUCCCUCGAUCAAUGCUACAGAUUAUUACGAUCUAAUUAUAAAUUUCAUGUAAUUAAUGCAUUAAACAAAAUCGUGUACUAAAUUUUUAUGCCAUGAUAACAAUACUCCUCUUGAUUUUUCAACUACAAAGUAAUGUUCAUUCAUUUUUGGUCGUUUGGUGUCCCAAUGAUGUUUCUAUUGAAUCUUUUUGGCUUUACUCUAUACGCGACUCUUAUUAUAACAAGGACACUGCUAUUUAGAAGAUCCCUGUAUCCCAAGAAAGUCCAUUCCUCAUUUUAUUAAAAUAGGUAAUUAUUUGGUUUGAAGUUUAUUAUUUUUUAAAAUCUUUCUUAUUCAAUAACUCUUUGAAUAUACGGAUUCAAAGAGUUAUUCAAUAAGAAAGAUUUUCUAGAGAUUAACGCAAAAAUAACAAUUUUUUAUCAAAAGGGCAGACUUUGCAUAAGUAAAUAAAUCUCCUUGUAUGUGCCUGUGAGUGGAACCUGCAGAACGCAAUGAACUAGCGCAGUAUUUAAGAUGUUAGUAAAAAAAAAUUUCUCAGUUGAACAAAUAGUAAUUAAACGUUUUAAAAUUAUUUUCACCAUCUGGUAUUUCGAUGAAAACUACUGUAAAUAAGAAGAACGAUAAUCGAUAAAAUACGUUGAUUUUAAUAUACUGUAAUGACAACAAUGAAAUUAAGGUAGCGGCACGAAAAGGUACUAACAAAACAGGUGUUUAGAUUUCCUUUAUUUUAUUUCACAUAAUGUGAGCUUUAGCAAAAAUGUUGAAUACGUUAAGUAAUUUUGUUGAAUAAAUAUCCAUUUAUCUAAUAUAGCAUAUAAAUGCCAUCAUUUCACAUUGGAAACUCGCAAACAAUCUUUAUUCUUUUUUGUAUUUCUUCAUCUUAAAGAAAACUGUAAAAAUACAUAUUUUAAAUCCCUUGCUAGUGAUGUUCAGAUGAUUAAAUUUGGAGAGACAUUAAAUGAAUGUCACCGUGGCAUCCGCCCUGGGCGCAACGUUUUGAGGAGGGGUGACAAACCAAUCCUUGGAAACUUGCUCGUUCAAUCGAACGCUCUGGCGAUGGAGUGUUGUCUAUCUUUCUUGCUCACUAAACCAAGGCCAAAUUUCCUUAGUACGCCACUGGUUUUAUUUAUACCUUAGGUACUAUCUCAAUCAAUUGAAAGAGAUAUGUGUUAUUUCAAAGGAAUAAACUGACUAUGGUUAAACUGAGUUUCGAUUUAAAGAGAAAAGAAAGAAGAACUGAAUGCUGCCCAUUCGGUCAGCCAGAGUUGCCAUGUAAUAUUUCCAAAAAUCUGUUUCAGACGCAAAAACUUAUCUGUAUCGUUGCUGUAUUUCAAUCUACACAACAUUGUACCACAUUGGGUUUCAAUUGAAUGGAAUGAAAUUUUACUGCACUAAGUACUACAAUUUAACGUGAACUAUUCAAAUGGACCUAAAAGCCUAUGACAGGUUUUCUUUGCUUACUUUUUCUUUCGAUGAUUUCUGCGUUAUUAUAUAAUGUUAUAUACAAUUGUCAUUCUACACUAAUAGCAAGUAAACAGGAAAAUUGAACAUUUAUUAAGAGAAGAGAAAGUAAAUAAUGAGAAUCUGUCAUUCACUUUCAGGCCCAUUUCAUAUCGAAUAGAUAAUUUAGAUUUACUUUUUUUAAUAGAUACAAAUGUAAACAGCUCUUU